AGACAAAAUAUCUGUAAUGAGUAGUUCUAAAAACGUCCCACAAACAAAUUCAUUCUAGAAAGUGCAAAUAUUUUCUUCCGGGUGAGUCGUCAUUACAUUAAAGCUUCCCGAAAGUUCAAGAUGGCCGCAGCGAUGGAUGUUGACACGCCGAGCGGCACCAACAGCGGAGCAAGCAAAAAGCGUUUUGAAGUCAAAAAGUGGAAUGCUGUGGCGCUUUGGGCCUGGGACAUUGUGGUGGAUAACUGUGCCAUCUGUAGGAACCACAUCAUGGAUCUCUGCAUAGAGUGCCAGGCCAACCAAGCCUCUGCAACCUCUGAAGAGUGCACCGUCGCCUGGGGUGUCUGCAAUCAUGCUUUCCAUUUCCACUGUAUUUCUCGCUGGCUGAAAACCAGACAGGUGUGUCCCCUGGACAACAGAGAGUGGGAGUUUCAGAAAUACGGACACUAGCUGUAUGAAUAUCUACCUUUUCCUCGGCUUCUACUGACAUCUGCAUCAACGCUUCUUCUUUUUUUUUAAAUUCCUAAUACUGGUAAUUGUUUUCCACACACCUUUAUUUUGGUAUGUUGUAAGUACUUAAAUAAAACCUGAAUGUUACCCCACGGUUUGGCUUGUUCUGUAGUCGGGAAGGUUUGCUGAAUUUUGAAUUAUUAAAUUAAAUGUUACUGUGGAUUUCUUUCAAAUGCUCUUCAUUGCCUUCAUUCCCACUAAGAAUGUACUGUCAUGAUUUAGAUUACCAGCUAUGUUUUGGAUAA